GUCUGCCAGUCCGCCGCUGCAGCCCGACAGAGCGGCCACUCAUCAACAUCUCUCGGCGUCCGCGGAGCUUCUAACGCUAUGUGGCUGUGAAGCUGCUGUUGCUGAAACCGAAAGCCUGGGGUUUUCUUUUCUUUCUCUUUUUUAUUUACGACUGCGUGGACAUUCGUGGACAUGAGGACACCUGCCACGGCGGACACUUCUUCUUCCAAAAGGCGGACCGGGAAUCCUGACUGGCACCGUUUUUCACCGAGCAAAUGAGAAAGAAUCAUCAUGAACAUUUGUCUGCUGACCAGUCACUCCUUUACUGAGGGACCUCUGCCCUUUUUGGUUUCUGGAUUUAUCAAUACAGAGAUGAGAUAAUAAAGUCAACGAGCUUGUUCAUGCUGCUACAACAACACCUGUGGCACUUGUAAACCCACCCUACCCUGCCCCCCCUCUCCAACCCCUCCCCAAGAUAAGUUCAAGUCAACAAGUCAAAACAUGACGACACCGGCUCUCCUGCCGCUGUCAGGCCGCAGGAUACCCACUCUGUCGCCGGGCGCCUCCUCUUUCCCGCACCACAGGGCCACGUUGAGGCUCUCAGAGAAGUUCAUCCUCCUCCUCAUUCUCAGUGCCUUCAUAACCUUAUGCUUUGGGGCCUUCUUCUUUCUCCCGGACAAUUCCAAGCACAAGCGCUUUGACCUGGGCUUGGAGGAUGUGCUCAUCCCUCAUAUUGACUCGCCCAAAGAGGGGAAGCACGCCUCUGGACAGGUGGUCAUACAUGGACAGGGAGGACAUGAUGAGCACAGACACAGGGAAGAGGAGGAGAGCCUGCGGGACAAGAUUCGGGCAGACCAUGAGCGAGCACUGCAGGAGGCAAAGGAGAAGCUGAGAAAGUCACGUGAGGAGCUGCAGGCUGAGAUUCAGACAGAGAAGAACAAAGUGGUGGAGGACCUGAAAAAGAAGGAUGCGGGGCCUAAACCUCUGCCACCUGUCCCCAUGCCUAAAGUGGUGGGCGUCAGUGACGGUGAGCCACCAGAGCCUGACGCCAAAGAGAAACGUGACAAGAUCAGAGAGAUGAUGAAGCAUGCGUGGGACAGCUACAGACAGUACGGCUGGGGUCACAACGAGCUGAAGCCCCUCGCCAAGAAAGGACAUUCCACAAAUAUCUUUGGAAAUUCCCAACUCGGGGCGACCAUUGUGGAUGCCUUAGACACCCUCUACAUCAUGGGACUGCACGAGGAGUUCAAGGACGGGCAGGAGUGGAUCGAGCAGAAUCUGGACUUCGGAGUGAAUGCCGAGGUUUCUGUGUUUGAGGUCAACAUCCGUUUCAUUGGAGGAUUGCUGGCUGCAUAUUACCUCUCCGGACAAGAAGUUUUCAAGCUCAAGGCGGUCCAGCUCGCCGAGAAGCUGCUUCCAGCCUUCAACACCCCGACAGGAAUCCCCUGGGCCAUGGUCAACCUGAAGAGUGGCGUUGGUCGUAACUGGGGCUGGGCGUCAGCAGGCAGCAGCAUCCUGGCUGAGUUUGGGACUCUGCACAUGGAGUUCGUUCACCUCACCUACCUGACAGGAAACCCCGCCUACUACCAGAAGGUGAUGCACAUCCGGAAGCUGCUUGCCAAAAUGGACCGACCCAACGGGCUCUACCCAAACUACCUGAACCCUCGUACGGGUCGCUGGGGUCAACACCACACAUCAGUCGGAGGACUUGGGGACAGUUUUUACGAGUACCUGCUGAAGGCGUGGCUCAUGUCAGACAAGACGGACACAGAGGCUCGCAAGACCUACGAUGACGCCAUCGAGGCAAUUGAGCGCCACCUGAUUCGCAAGUCCAACGGCGGCCUGACGUUCAUUGGUGAGUGGAAGAACGGCCACCUGGAGAGGAAGAUGGGCCACCUGGCGUGCUUCGCCGGAGGCAUGUUCGCAUUGGGCGCUGACGGCUCGCCCGACGACAAGGCGGGACACUACCUGCAGCUGGGAGCUGAGAUCGCACACACCUGCCACGAGUCCUACGACAGGACAGUGUUGAAGCUCGGCCCGGAGGCCUUUAAGUUCGACAGCGGCCUGGAGGCGGUGGCCGUGCGGCAGAACGAGAAAUACUACAUCCUGCGGCCGGAGGUCAUCGAGACAUACUGGUACAUGUGGAGGUUCACCCACGACCCCAAAUAUCGGCAGUGGGGCUGGGAGGCAGCACAGGCCAUCGAUAAAUACUGCAGGGUGAGCGGAGGCUUCUCAGGGGUGAAGGACGUCUACUCGUCCAACCCGACCUACGACGACGUGCAGCAGAGCUUCUUCUUGGCCGAGACGCUCAAGUAUCUGUACCUGUUGUUCUCCAGCGACGACCUGAUGCCGUUUGAGAGUUGGGUCUUCAACACGGAGGCUCACCCACUUCCUGUCCUCCACCUGGGCAACAUCACGCUGCCCGGCAGCGAGCCGGCUCAGCUGUAGAUGGACAGGGUCAUCUUCCUCCACCACAGCACCAGGGGGCACCACCUGUACGCCCGCCUACCUGCCUACCUGCCCCAAAAAAAACCCACCCACCCACCAAACAAACACUGGACAAACUUACAUUCAGCUCUACAGACUUUUGACUGCUUUUGGACUGCAGACAUCAACCAGAGGAGGCAGAGGACGGCUGAGAGUCUUCUUCUUCUUUGUUUUACUCUGUUGAUCUCUCUGUUUUUCUGCUUGAAUCAGAAAGACGGUGGGUGCACUGCUCAGCCUCACAGUGACUCUGAAGGACCGAGCUCCGGAACCGGAGGCUUGAUUUAUUUUGUUAUUGUUUUUAGUGUUUAUUUGAGAUUUGACCAAACUUUUCCUCCCAUACAGACUCAAGCUGAGGCACUCAGAGUGCAUUAUGGGGCUUUCUGUGAAGAACACUGUACUGACAGACAGAAGUGUCUUUUUUUUUUUUUUUGUUCCAGGCAGACUUGAGGACUUUGCAGGGUCUGUUGAUAAGGUGUGGGGUUUUUUUUUCUUCUUCUGUUUGGACAAAUCGUUAAAGGGGACACAGGGUUGAAUCAAAGCCCUUUGCUUCUCCCCUAAACCCCGCCCCCCAUUCCACUUCCUGUUUAAUCUUCAUCAGAUGAACUUUGACCUGGAACUGUUCGCAGCUCGUCACAUCAUCACGUACGAGGGCAGGUUUGUGGAUCCUCCUCCUCCUCCUUUAAUCCUCCUUUUUCAGCAAAGCGGACCAUCGUAAGUGGAACAGUAAGGACACGGGGACAGCAGCAGGCCCUCCCCACCUCCACAUCUUUCCAGUUUCUCUCCUCCAGUUAGAGACGUCAACGAGCCAGAACCCGUAAAACUUCUGCUGCUACUCGUUUGGAUGCUGCUUUUUUAAUCUCCAAUACACAUCCUCUUGUUUCCCAUCUUUUUCAUAAAUCAUUUUCAGGCUUGAACCCAACAAUGCUGUGUGUGUGUGUGUGCGCGUGUGUGGUUGUACGACCUGCUGUAAAUCAUUUAUUUGUGCACUUUGAAUGGGAAAAAAUAUGAAGUAGGGGAAAAUAGAAGUGAAGCACUGAAAGAAAGAGCUAAAUAAAUGAAGUCUCCCUGCUGAGCUCCCAUAAAACUUUCACUCUGUUCAGCCCAAAUAUCUCCAGUUUGGACCAGCAAACUAUAAGAUGCAUGAACUCAUCAUGUUUAAAUUCUCCACUUAUUUUUCUACAAUCCCUCAUCUUAUUUUCUGCAUUUAUCUCACAUUUCUCACUUCUUUUCCUCUUGCUUUCAUUUUAUCCUCUCAAUGUCCAUGAUAAAAAAAUCUAAAAAUAGUCUGGAUAAUUUGGAUAAUCUCUUGAUCACUAUUUUUGCAUAAAUUAUGGAUAAGUAUUAAUAAAUAUGCAUAAAUAUUGUUUUUAACUUUCAAAUAUACAGACAUUCACCCGUUUAAAAUGCACACCCUUAAAAAGCUGACAUAUCUUUAACUAAACAUCAAAACGUCACAAAAGAGGUUUUCUGCUUUUAACUUCAACCUUCACAAUAAAGUCUAGAAAUAGUCUGGAUAGUUUGCAUAAUCUCUUAUUCAUCCAAACUAUUUUGCAUAAAAAUAUUGAAAUAUUGUUUUUAACCUCAAAUAUACAGACAUUCACCUGUUUAAUUUAUAGUAAACAACCUUAAAAAGCCGACAUAUCAUGAAAUAAACUUCAAAAUCUGAGGCUUGGGAGAAUCCUGAAUUAGAGCAAAUCAGUCUUUUUUUUAACUUGUUUCAUUUUCCUUUGCUGAGUAUUUAUGUAUUUUCUCUUCUCUGUAAAAGUUUGAUAGUCAGAAAAGUAAGUUUGCUCCGUAUGCUGUGAUAUAUCAGGAGCGUGGCCUCACUGAGUGAAGUCAGAGCCACCACACACACCACGCGUCUGCUCAGUCACACACACACACACACACACACACACACACUUACACACACACUUACUUUACUGCUCUAGUCGCCCAGUAAUAGAUGAUACAUUCUGUUAUUAAAUAUAUAUUUUUUGGCAAACAAAGAAAACAACUCGACUGUGAAACAGCCCAGAGAGAUUAACUGAAUGAACACGGACUUGAAGGUUUUUACACUUAAUAUAAUCCACUCUAUAUCUUAUUCUGUGACUUUCUGAGGCCACAUUCUCUAAAUAAAUCUGUCCACACAAACGCUACAAAAAUGCUACUAAAUAUGUCAGAGACAGACAAUAAAGGUGUAAGAAAUAUAUUUUACUGAAGCUGCAGAAGAGUCAGACGUGCUGCUUGAAAAGUUUGUAUAAAAAGUUUGUUUUUAAAAGAUUUUUUUUAAAGUAAAAACUAAUGAUGCAGAUUUAAAAUAUGACAGCAGAAGCAGAUAAAGGGGUUACUUUUUUUUUUAAUUUAGGAGGAGGGAGAUAAAAUGGCAGCAGAGGAGAAGACGGAGGAGUUUUGUUGAGGUUAAAUAACCCAAUGAUAAAACAAGUGUCUUUUCAGAAGUCAAACUUUCACUCAAACCACUUUGUGUUUUUGCUGUUUGUCAAAAUAUACAUCCUCCAUCAGCCAAAUGCUUUUUAUUUUGUUUUUUGUUUUUUAAAUUAGAACUGUAUGUUCUACCACACAUGUUGGUAAAGAUUCCACCGUGAUGUUUUUGCUUUUUUAAAAUGUCCCUUGUAAAACUACAAAUGACAGGCUGAAUGAUGGGCUCAGUGACUCGUGCAAUGUCUGUGUGUGAUUUUGAGAAAGAGUGCAUUUUGAAUAUUUGGAUAUUUUCCGUGAGCUCAUAAAAGCCUGUAUGUGUGUCCACUCUGCGUAUCAUCGUCUCGGUUUAGAAGAAGACAGGAAAUGAGCAGAUUCGACUACUAAAGAUGAUUUAUUUUCAUGCAGGCGUUAAAGCUGAAGAGUAGGAAUUGCACUAAAACCAAGAAGUUUUUGUUUGUGUGUCUGUUUUGAUUCUUUUUCAAGCCUUAUUGUCAGAUGUGUGAGGCCUUGGCCGAUACUGUGCUUUUUUUCACGUCCUUUGCUUUUGUGUUCUGUAAUACAUCCUGAUGACACACGGCUGUUCCUGUUGUUUCUGUUUGCACAAACAUCGUCUGUCCUCUCUGAUGUGCAGAUACUCGAGGACAGUCUGCAAACUGCUCAGAGUGCAAAAUGAUAGAAAAAAAGGUUUGUUUACUGCCCGGACACAUGACCAAAGCUCUCUUAAAACUUAUUAUCAUAUUCAGUAGUAAAUAUCUACAUUUGUCAUCCAGCUGCUCGUCUGUCAAUAAAAUCAUGUAGAAGUUGAUAGAUUAGGCAAAAUGUUGCAAUUACCCAUAAAUACAUGUGGGGUGUGCUGAUGUUAUUCAGUUUUUAGGAGGAUUUUUUUGAACAUGCAGAAACUGCGUCUGAGGUUUUACUGCAGUUUGCAACACUAUUGUCUGUUUAUGGUCAGCUCUGUGCAUUGUACACACUAAUUAAACAGUUGAAAGAAUGGAAGAGGGAGGCUGUGUAGAAAACGUUGAAAUGUUUUAUUUUGAUGCAAAGAAGCAAAACAGCACAAUCAGCUCUAGCAGCAGCUCAAUUUUUUCUCCAUAUUUUGACGAACGUCAAACACAGCCUUAAAUUUAACAUAAAUCAGUUUGCACAGCUGCAGGUUAACAGGAAUAAUAGUCGUAUAUUCAUUUUAAUUAGCCAUGCAAACAUUUAGAAGGAAUAUUGUCUUUGUUUUUUCAGAAUAAGUGCAAAAAACAGAUUUUUUUGUGAAUCUAAACAGAGUUAUUGACAAAAUUGAAAGCAGUUUGGGUCAAAAAGCUGCUCUUUGCAAGCGGAGCACAAUGUGUUCCACAGCCUAGUAAAAACUUUUAGAGCAUUUAGAGCGUGAAGCUGGAGAUAUAUUUUUCUUUUUCUUAUUGUCAAAUAAUCCCAAUUAAAAGACCAAAACCAAUAUUAAUUGAUCCAAAUGACAUUUUCUUCAUCUGUACCUCUGAGUCAUGUUGCUGUCCAAAAACUAUUAAUAAUGGUCAACAUAUUCUUCAUCAUCAUGAACUCAUACAGCAUCCUGUAGAGCCCCAAAUGUGUGUUAAUCCGCCGCUGAAAAUAGUCCUCAGACGUAUUAUUUCCUCCUGUUUGCUUCAAACUGCUGCAGUUCCCAUCUGUUUUUGUUUGUUUGUCCCAUUUAGUUCUUGAGUUUAACAUGAAUUUUUGAAUUAUUAUUAUUAUUAUUAUUAUUAAUUGGUUUUGUGCUGUGAGCCACAGACACAGUUGGGAAAUGGAUACAGUUUUGAGGGACUCAAACUUGUUGGUUUUGGUGUUUUUAUUGGAUUGGAUGACAAUAGUAUAGAAUCAGAAUACAAAAAAAAACUAUACAUAUAUCUAAUAUCUGCAAUAAUGUAGAACAAAAAUAAGAAAUAAUAAGCUAAAGAUACAAAAUUAUAUCUACUUUAAAUAUUUUUGUUGUCUGCUGCUUUAAGACUUUUUUGAAAACAGUAUCUUAAUAUUUAAGUUGUUAUUAUUAUUAUUAUUAUUAUUAUUAUUAUUAUUAUUAUUUGGGUUUGAAGCCAAACAGCUUUGACCAAACUUCUGGCCAGUGUUCAGGUUGAUCUGUGAUUAAUUUUAAAUAAAUAAAACAACAACAAAUCAAAUUUUGGUUUAGAGUUUUGAGGAAGCUCUCAUAAUGUACAU